CAACUUAAAUGUUGCCUUGGCAGCUAACUUAAUUGAAAAUAUGACUAAAGAAUUUCAAAACAUAGACAUUACCAUUUUAUUGUAUUAAGUACAUGUGUAAAAACAAUUUCAGGACAACAAUAAAAGAACGUUCACAUAGCUUCCUAUAAAUAAAGAAAUAAAACCGUUUGUUAUUUCAUUUCACAGAAUUAACGCCUCUCUACAAAUGGCCGCGCGGUCUCGACGUCUUCCACUGUGGACCCGCGCAUGCGCAUUAACCGCGUCCGAGUGCCCGAUACAAGAUGGCGGAGUCGGUGGGGAGGGAGAGGAGGAGGCGGGUCCGAAUUGACUAGUGCAAAGCCUAUAGAGGACUCCGAUCAAACCUCUCCAAGGUUUGCAAUGAUUUAAUUUGGUAAAAAUGCAAACUUUUUUUAUCUGAAGAAGGGACAAAUGAGGAGCUAUGACGAGUGAAAACCACGCAACAAUAAAGACAGACUCGGCGAUGGUCAUGUCGCCCACCGGGUCCACGUCACAGACGGCUCCCUUCUCACCCUCGACCAGCAAACCCAUCCAAGAGCUGCCAGAUGAGCUGAUUCAGGCUGGAUGGUCCAAGUGUUGGAGUAAGAGGGAGAAUCGGCCGUAUUACUUCAACCGCUUCACAAACCAGUCGCUGUGGGAGAUGCCUGUCCUGGGCCAGCAUGAUGUCAUUUCGGAUCCACUGGGCUUGAACGCGGCUCCAGCGUCUGGCGAGACGACGAGCGACGCAGCUCUGGGCAACGGUCAGCGUAAAAGACAUCCGUCGGAGGACACUCAAGCAGGCCCAAACAGUUUCAAGAGGCCAAAGGUUGAGAUUCCAGUCACUCCAACCACUCCCACUGUCCCGAUUUCUCCGAGCACGCCAGGAGUCAAACCCUGGGUGAACGCCACAGAUGAUAAACAAGGCUCUACCAGCGUCCCUGCACCGGCUCCGUACCGGCCCUCUGUGGUGUACUGGGACCUGGACAUUCAGACUAACGCUGUGAUCCGCGAGCGAGCCCCAGCAGACCACCUCCCUCCACACCCUGAGAUCGAGAUACAGAGAGCUCAACUCACCACCAAACUACGACAGCACUACCACGAGCUGUGCGCUCAGCGUGAGGGCAUAGAGCCCCCACGGGAAUCAUUCAACCGCUGGCUUUUGGAGAGAAAGUUGGUGGAUAAAGGUCUGGAUCCGCUCUUGCCCAGCGAGUGCAACCCGGUCAUUUCUCCAUCCAUGUUCAGAGAGAUCAUGAACGACAUCCCCAUUAGGCUCUCUCGAAUCAAAUACAAGGAAGAGGCCAGGAAACUCUUGUUUAAAUAUUCAGAGGCGGCCAAGAAAAUGAUUGACUCCAGAAAUGCAACUCCUGACAGUCGGAAGGUGGUGAAGUGGAACGUGGAGGACACGAUGAACUGGUUGAGAAGAGACCAUUCUGCAAGCAAGGAGGACUACAUGGAUCGACUCGAGCACUUACGAAAGCAGUGCGGCCCUCACGUGGCGUCCGUGGCGAAGGACUCCGUUGAGGGCAUCUGUUCGAAAAUCUACCACAUUUCUGCAGAAUAUGUGCGCAGGAUCCGCCAGGCGCACCUCACUCUCCUUAAAGACUGCAACAUCUCAGUGGAUGGCACCGAGUCGACGGAGGUCCAGGACCGGUUGGUGUACUGUUAUCCAGUCAGACUCUCCAUCCCUUCUCCUCCUCAGCCGCGCGUUGAGCUGCACUUCGAGAAUGACGUGGCCUGUCUGCGGUAUAAAGGCGAAAUGGUGAAGGUCAACCGCGGUCAUUUCAGUAAACUGGAACUCUUGUAUCGGUACAGCUGUAUUGAUGACCCAAGGUUUGAAAAGUUCCUGUCUCGUGUUUGGUGCCUUAUCAAAAGAUACCAGGUGAUGUUUGGCUCCGGUGUGAACGAGGGGUCUGGUCUGCAGGGGGCGCUGCCUGUUCCCAUCUUUGAGGCUCUGAACAAACAAUUUGGAGUGACAUUUGAGUGCUUUGCUUCUCCUCUAAACUGCUAUUUCAAACAGUUCUGCUCUGCAUUUCCAGACAUUGACGGCUUCUUUGGAUCACGAGGGCCGUUCCUCAGCUUCUCUCCCGCCAGCGGCUCAUUUGAGGCCAACCCUCCGUUCUGUGAGGAGCUCAUGGAUGCCAUGGUGACACACUUUGAGGAUCUUCUGGAACGCUCCAGUGAGCCGCUGUCCUUCAUCAUCUUUGUGCCCGAGUGGCGUGACCCGCCGACCCCUGCCCUGACACGGAUGGAGGCCAGCCGCUUCCGCAGGCACCAGAUGAUCGUGCCUCCCUUCGAGCACGAGUACCGCAGCGGCUCGCAGCACAUCUGCAAAAGAGAAGAGAUAUACUACAAGUCUGUCCAUGGAACAGCAGUCAUUUUCCUCCAAAACAACGCUGGCUUUAGCAAAUGGGAGCCCACCACGGAGAGAAUCCAGGAGUUCCUGGCAGCGUAUAAGAUCUCCGGCCAUUCGUUGCCCUCACCUGGUCCUUCUUCCACCAGUACAGGAGACAAAGACUCCAAACCAGUUCAGGAGCACUUGGCUACGAGUCAAGACAACAGCAGUCCUGUUGACAAGACUGCAGCAGACACAACAGACAUUUAGACCGCGGCGCUGGGCGUGUGGCCACGUGAAUGUAUGUAUGUCCAUUGGAAAGAGUCUAUGAUUGUUUGAGAGAUUUAACAUUGGGAUGUUGGGUUUAGAUGGGCACUGGGCAUCUAAAUGUUCAGGCGAGAAGAAGAAAGACUGACUCACAUUUGUUUACUUUCAUUAUUUAAUAUUGUUUGUUUUAGGUUUUUGAGUUACAUUAUCAUAAUUGUUGGGUUUUAUAUCAGUGUACUGAUAGUUUGGUCACUUUUUAGAUGUGUUUUUUUUAAAGAGAUGAUAAAUGUAGUCCCGUAUAUCUUAUUCUUUCUUCUUUUUUUACCUUUUUAGGGUGAAUCUCAGUGAAAUGUCAUAUUUCACAACAGAAAUAUCUUGCAGAAAGCCUUUUAAGCUCUUCACUAGUAUUUUUUCAACAAUGAAGCAAGUUUUAUAGUGGUAAAUGGUGAUUAAACUUACUACAUUUUAAUUUGUUAUACAAUAUUUACUGAAAAGUUACUAUUACAAUGAUUCUUAAAAGAUAAAAUCUGAAUAAAUUAAACACAAUUCAACUUAAUUGUAUUGGGUUAUCUUAACCACUCAGAUAUAUUUAGCAUUACUGUAGUACAAUUUUUUUUUUUUUUGCAAUAUGGUAUAUAAAAAAUACAUAAAAAAAAAUAGUCUUCAAAUAGGUUUCAUCUUUCAUGCAAAAUAAAACGGCAUAUUUCUUUGUUGAUUUUGUGUUGGAAUAAGACGAGCUUUAUGAUAUUCACUAUUCACAUCAUGACAUGCAUCAGCGUCAGGGCUUCUUGAAGUAGUCGUCGAUUCCCAUUCAUAGGCGUUCCUUUCUGAGUCGAGAGGUCACGUUUGGUUACUUCAUGUCUGAAUAUAUACUGAACGUAAAAAGGUCAGAUAUAUUUAUAAUCUAGUUUCCACCCAGUCAUCCACCUGCAGUGAAAGUCAGUCCUUUUUCUUUUCUUCUUAAAAUAUUGUACAGAACUCAAUAACAAAUCGGAAAUUGUGUACAUUGAUUGCGUUCUUCGUUUCUGUGCAGCACAAGCCUGUGUGAACCUCAAGUCCUUAUCAAUUCUAGCAUUUAGUCCUAGCAACUGGAAAAAGCAAAGUGAAAUUAGAUCUUAUUAGUUAUGAAAGCCUUAUUCCAACCAUUUUUGGUGUGUUAUUGCGAAUGAAUUAGCUCGUCAAUAUAGCAUAGGCCGCUUGUUUUUCUCCAGUGAGUCUACGUCUGAUUUCGGGUGUUUUAUAAUUGAGAGUAAUGACAUCUGGAAAUUAAAAUGAAGCAGUCAAUGUGUGGCUUAUUCUUCCAUUGUUGUCCAGUUAUUAAAAUUGGUAGCUAUUGCCUCGAUUUCAGUUUUGUGUGUAUGAGAAAAAAAGUUUAAAAGUUUAAAAUUGUACAAAUUUGUUUACAUGAUAUUGGUUUAAAUUGUAUCACUGGGCAGCGUUUUGAAUGUACAUUUUUAUAAGGAGAAACGUUAUCGAUGGAUUUGUUACUACAAUUGGACUUUAAAUGUUGCAAUUUUUAACACUACAAUGGUGGAUCUUUAUUUUUUGUUGGGUUUUGUAGGAAUUAAUAUAGUCUACUAUCAUUUUAUUAAGCCAAUCACUUCCAUCUGUAAGAAAUGAUAGGUUUGUUUGGUUGUUUUUAUGCAGUGGACUACAUUAUCUUGUAGCCAAACUUGGGAAAUGGCCUUUAUUUUAAGUUUAAAAGCAUUCAAGUGGUUUGACGUGUAAUGUUACCCAUCUUGCCAUUUAUAAAAUCCAAUAUAACCAUUGGUUGUAUUUCUUAAUCCCAGAGUGGAUCACCAGCAGAACUGUAAAUGUUGUACAGAACAUGGCUAUGACAUUUGUUGCUUUCCUACACGGCUGUUGUUCGUUUAUUUGGAAAAAAUACGGAAGAUGUAUUUUUCACCAUGCUUUUUUUUUUUUUUUUUUUUUGCUGGUUUUAAUUUAACAUUUUGGUUCUAAAUGACAGUUUAUGAAUUGUAGAAUUUAUGAAAUAGUUGUUUUAAACUAAACCAAAGUGUCAUGAAAAGAGGAGGAAUUUUAUCUAGUAUCUUAAAGUAGAGUCGUGUAUGAAGUGUAACCAGCAAAAACAUCCAUUUAUACAUAACUUUAUUUUUAUAAUUCUCUUUUGUUCUUUGUUUUCUUACGAAGGUAUGUUUGGGUUUUUAUUUUGCAUGACCUGAUAUUUUUCAUUACAAAAAAUAUAUAUAUAUAUAUAU